AUGGCUGGAUUACAAUAAAAGAUCUUCAAUAAUUAAUUUGUUGUAAAAAAAAGGAUUUCUUCAGGUUCAUUCGGUGUAGUGUACCAGGGAUUUGAUUUACACUCAUAAGAGCUUGUGGCAAUUAAGGUUGAAAAGUUAGAGGUGGAUGAAUUAUUAAGUUUAGAUAGAGAGGUUGAGUAAUAGUUAUUGAUGUAGAUUUAAAUACUGAGAUCAGUUUAAGGAGUGCCCUAAGUUCCUAGACUCAAAUGGGCUGGAAAAGACUAGGGAAAUAAUGUGAUGGUAAUUCAGCUUUUGGGUAGAGAUCUAACACAUUAUAUGAGAUAGAGAAAAAGACUUAGUUUGCCUUGUGUUUUGGGUAUCGCAGAUUAGUUACUGACAAUACUCGAAAACGUUCACCAUAAGUAAAUUUUCUAUCAAAUCCAGGGGUGUGAUUCACAGAGAUUUGAAGCCAGAAAAUGUAUUGGUGGGAAAGGAUAAAGAGAAAAACUAAUUAUAUUUGGUCGACUUUGGGAUUGCAAAAUAAUUUAAAGAUAAAGAUGAUAAACAUAUGUAUAAAAGUAAUUUAACCUUAGUCCAUUCAAAGAUAACAAGCCAUUCUUUGGGACUUCAAGAUAUGCAAGUAUAGCAGCUCAUAAAGGACAUGAAUUAUCAAGAAAAGAUGAUCUGGAAUCACUAGGUUAUAUGUUAAUGUAAUAUUGAUACAAUAAAGAGAUUUUUAUUGAAGGGAAGUUUGCCGUGGUAAAAUGUUAGUCAUAAAAAUGAAGAAGAAAAGGUUAAAAUAGUUGGUUUAAUGAAAAUGAGGAUUUCUUCUCAAGAAUUAUGCUAAGAUCUGCCUAUUGAAUUUAUGAGAUUUAUAGACUUAGUGAAAAAGAUGAGUUAUAGAGAGAAACCAGGCUAUAAGUAAUGCAAUUAUUUAAUAAAUUAUUAGAUAUUUCCAAUAACUGUUUCGAAGAGUGGCCAUCUAAUAAUAGGUUGAGUAUAGAUUUGAUUGGUUAGAUGAAAAAAACUAAGAGAAAAAAUCUAGUUCAGUUUCUCCGAAAAAGCAGUAAUCUAUUAAAAUUAUGGAUCAACCACAUUUGAUAUCCUAAGUCUACUCCCCAAUGAAGAAAAAGUAGAGCGAAGAAUUUGAUGAUACUGGACCAUCAAAGAGAGAGUCUAAUGGGAGAUUGUCAAUAGCUAACAACUCUUAUAAUCUUGUACCUUGUGAUAGCAGAUAAAAUUUAAGGCACAAAAGCACAAGUUCAUUUAAUGAGUCAAAUCAACAAUACAGUGACAUUCAACCAGAAGUCAGUUGUAUGAUUGCAUAUCAAAGAAAUGUGAGAUUUGGAUCAUUUCAUAAUGAACUCAAUACUCCAAAAUAAGCAGAAAGAAGUACUUCUGCACAAAAUAAGAUUAGAGUUACACAUAAAUUAAGUUUGGAUGUCAAACCUAAUUGUUAUAACUCUAUCGUAGAAUUGCAAUUUGAAUUGAUGAAUAAUCCAUCCAUUAUGGAUUUUACUGAGAAGAGCUAAAAUCAAAUGAAUGAAGAUGAAAGUCCUUGUCUCGAGGAUAAAUGUAGCAGCUUAAAAAAGGCUUCUAUUGAAAAGUAUAGAUCCCCUCAUAAAUUAAUAGUUAUUUUAAAAACCCAAUACAACUUUUUAGAAUAAGUUACAAAGAGAAAACAAGAGUUAAAAAUAAUUGA